ACCACCACCACCACCACCACCUGGUUGUUCCAUUUCAUAAUUAUGUCAACCAUUUAUAACUUGCAACAUACUAGAGUAAGAAGCACACAGCUUCUCUCUAGUGUGUUGGGCGCAUGCUAUAUUGGUAGGCAAUGAGCGACACUUUGUGCGCGCCAAAAGACCUCUCUACCAACUUACCAACACACUCCAAAUCUUCACCGGCCGCGCAUAACUCCACCAACAGCCCGUCUUCCUCUAGUGUUGCCGCUGUAGAGCCCGUCACCUUCUCGAAACCGUCCCUCACGAAGCGAUUCACUAGUUCGUUGGUGAAAAAACGAUCCGAUAAAGAUGACGAAGAGGGUAUUCGGGGCCCUACCGGGCUCAGGAUCUUACAUUCCUCUCCCGAACCGCUAGUGGACCUGAUAUUUGUACAUGGUUUACGAGGGGGCUCGAUAAAGACUUGGCGGAAGGGUGACGACCCUCGUAUGUUCUGGCCGCAAUUGUGGUUGCCCAUGGAGCCUGGACUAAGAAACGUCAAUGUUCAUAGCUUUGGGUACGACUCGGAUUGGGCUAGUACAAAGUCAAGCAUCCUGAAUGUUCACGACUUUGGGCAGGCGCUGUUGGAGGAAAUGAGGAAUUCGUCACAUUUGAGAGAGAAUAUAGAAAGGCCUAUAAUAUUACUUGGGCAUUCCAUGGGCGGGCUCGUGGUAAAAAAGGCAUUCAUACUGGCAAGAGACGUAUUGGAUUUCAGAGACCGCAUCAAGUGCAUCUUCUUUCUUGCAACGCCGCAUAGGGGGUCUGACUACGCGGCGAUUCUUAACAAUAUUCUAGCCAUGUCUGGGAUAAUGUCUUCUCGUCAAUAUAUCGAUGAUCUAACCACUGGUUCGAUUUCUACGAGUCUAAUUAAUGAUGACUUCAAGAAAUACACGAUUGACACGCGGAUAUUUUCCUUCUACGAGACUUUGCGAAUGAACCUCGGGGUUUCAUCUGGUCUAAUUGUAGAGAGGAGUUCCGCUAUCCUUGGAAAGGGGUUCCCGAAUGAGCGGGUCCAAUAUAUGAAUGCUAACCAUAGAGAUAUAUGCAAAUUCGAAAGCAAGGAUGACCCUAACUAUAUAACCCUCAAGAAUGCGCUUUCCAGUGCCGUGGAAGAUCUACUGAAAGAUGACCCGAGAAACCGUCUUAAGAUGUUACGGGAACAAAUGAGCAUAUUAAAGUCGUAUCUCAGUAUAUCAGAUCCUCCAGACGACCAUUUCCCCGCAAUAGAUGGAUCUUGCCAAUGGAUUGAUUCUCGAGAUGACUUCCGAGGCUGGAGGGAUGCUCCUGAUGAGUUCUCCUUUACACAGAAUAAUGAAACUGGGAACAGAGCACCUUCAAUCUUUUGGGUUCACGCCAAUCCUGGAACUGGCAAAACAUAUCUCGCCGCACAUGUUGUUUCCCAGCUUUGUCAAUUACAACUUGAAUGUGCAUACUACUAUUUCCACGCUGGCAACAAAUCUUCAAAAUCCUUGGGCGAACUUUUGCGAUCUAUAGCAUAUCAAAUGGCAUCAUCAAACGAAUCUAUUCGCAAAAGAUUAACUUCUUUAUAUGAAGAGGGUUCGUGCUUUAAUGCAGAUGAUAGCCGCACGAUAUGGACGAAAGUCUUUAAAAAAGGGGUUUUCCAAUCUCAUGCGAACACGCCUCAAUACUGGGUAAUCGAUGCAAUUGAUGAGUGCGAUAAGUACCAGGAAUUUUUCACGUUGAUUAGGGGCGAGAAGCCGAGCUUUCCUCUCCGAAUUUUUAUCACAAGCCGAAAAGUUCCAGAUUUGCAGAGGUUAUGUUGCCAUCUGGAAGGCUAUGCCUUACUAAAAUCCAUCGAAAUACCCUUCGAAGAUAGCAUGGCUGAUAUCGAGAGUUAUAUAUGUGACCGUAUUGAGAAUCUGCCAAUUGAUGCGAUUGCGGACAAGCAUGAUCUCUCCAGUCGAAUUCUUCAAAGGUCCAAUGCUUGCUUUCUAUGGGUGCGUCUAGUGCUGGAUAAACUUGAGCAGGUCUACUCAAACGAAGGUAUCCUCCAGAUACUUCAGAGUAUUCCAGAAGGAAUGGUACCCUAUUACGAGAGGACUACGAAAGCAAUGUCGGAGAACAAAUUGGAGAAACAUAUUGCCCAAGCCAUUCUUCUAUGGACGGUGGCAAGUUACCGAGAUCUGACAACCACAGAACUCUCACACGCACUUGAACUAGAUAUUAACACCACCCUUCCAAGUGCCAAGAGUGCUGUGGAAGGCCUCUGUGGUCAAUUUAUUUCUGUUGACCCUGGUUCCGGCCUAGUUAGCCUUGUCCAUACUACAGCUCGAGAGUUCCUCUUGUCAGAGAAUGCGGGAGAUUUCAACAUCUUUAAGCCGCUAGCGCACGAAAGAAUUGCAUUGGCAUGCUUGCAAGUAUUAUGCAGCGCUGAGAUGCAGCCGCCACGAAGCCGUCGACUAUUGAGCGCAAAUGUACGCCAAAAAGCACCGUCUCCUCUUCUCGACUACGCGAUAACCCAGUUCUCCGAACAUGUAUAUGGCGCAUCUAUCGAAUCCGAUAAACUUCUGCUUGCGAUGGAUAAGUUUUUCAAAUUGAAUGUCUUGUCCUGGAUCGCAAGAGUUGCUCUGAAAGGCGACCUUCAGUGUUUAAUCAGAGCUUCGAAGAAUUUGAAGACUUAUUUGGGUCGAAAAACGAAAUAUCGAUCGCCGGUGAAUAGCCAAAUGAGAAAUAUUGACGGCUGGUCCAUGGAUCUGAGCCGGAUCGUGACGAAGUUCGGCGCAGUUCUCUUACAAGACCCUUCGUCGAUUUACUUUAUUAUCCCACCUCUGUGUCCUUCGAAUUCUGCCAUUUACCAGCAAUUUGGGAAAAGACCCGAUGGUUUGGCAAUUUUAGGUUACAGGGAAAGCGAAUGGGACGAUUGCAUUGCAUCCGUCAGUUUUGGCGACGACAGUAUCCCCUCUACUGUUUUUUGCGGGGAAAAUGUAAUUGCUGUAGGCAUGGAAUCUGGGGACAUAAAUCUUUACAACCACCGCGAUUGUCAGCAAAUAGGGCACAUUCAGGAUAAGAGGCACCCCAUCGACCUUGUGCAUCUUACUAGUACAUACAUAGCAGCAUGCACGACACGGUCUGUGGUGGUCCGGGACUUAGAAGGAAACACGAUAUGGGAACAGCGCAUAAGGUUCCGCUGCAUUCUCCUCAGCUCUUCUAGCGACUUCCUUGUCGCCGUAUCACAACAUGGACAUUUACUGAAGUGGAAUCUUUUGAAUGGAGAAUUACUUGAAGAUCAAACAUUCUCAUAUCAAAGUCAUGAUAGCGACUCUAAGUUAGGGGAGUUUUACGGAAAAGCCCCUUUUCUAGCCUCGAUUUCCCCUGAUGCGGAAUUGCUUGCCUUGACAUACACGGGUGGCACAAUCUGUCUCUGGGAUAUCCAGACCGGCGAACUAAUCGGCUGGGCCGCGGAUGAAGAGAACAAGCUUGCUGCAUUCUUAUUUUUCAAUCCCAACCACAAUCUGAACUUGCUCCUUGUCAUAUACACAAAUCAUGACCUGUCACUUUAUGAUACUUGGUCUGGGAGCUUAGCUAAUAGCUGCAAGGCCUCCACUGACAUGGGUAUACUGUCCGCCUCAUGUUCUCUGGAUGGGAGAACAUUCGCAACUAUCGAUAGCCGAGGCAAUCUACAGAUUUGGGAUUUUGAGUCACUCUCCUUACUAUACCAUGUCCUAUCACCAGCAUCAUCCUUCAGGAUAUUGAGUUUCACAUCUGAUGGAUAUAGUAUUGUCGACGUAACGGACUCCGAUAUGUGCAUCUGGUCUCCUGCUAUACUUGUACGGAAGAACAUUGAAGAUGAAUACUUUAAUUGCGACGAUGGUAUUCAACCAGCUACCAUCGAGGGGCAGUACGAAUCACGGAGGACGUCUAAGAUCACAGCUCUUUGUGCUCAUCCUUCACUCCCUAUCGUUUUUGCUGGGAAGUACACCGGUCAAGUUAUCACUUUCAACACGCAGACUGGGAAGCAGAUCUCAGUGCUUUAUUCUCAUCCAACGACGGCAUUUGUUACAGAAAUAGUAGCAAGCAGAGAUAACUGUAUUGCUUCAAGCGAUGUAAAUGGCAAUUUACAGGUCUGGAGGCUAGCUGCAAGUCAGACGUCGGUCUUGGCAUGCGAGUCGCUGUUUUUACGUACAUCUCUACCCGCCCAGGUAACCCAGCUCUGUUUCAGUGCUGAUGGUAGCUUUCUUCUGGUCGCAACAGCGCGUUCGGACCUCGUAUAUUCUAUCAAGGAUGGCUCUCAUGUGGGGUCGUUGCCUUUCGACCCCGACAAAAGACAUGCAUGGAGAUGGACCCAGGGGCUAAGCAACAAUGGGGAUGAGCAGUUUUGUCUCAUCAACAACCACGUUCUCAAGCAAUAUAGCGCAAACGCCUUCCCAUCGACCUCCGUCGAGAUAGAAAUUCAUUUGAGGUAUGAUUUGGCAAAUGGUGAUGUGGAAACGGGGAUCCGUGCAGCAUUUAUAUAUUCUGAGCCACACAUCCUAGUUCUUGAGGUUCAUCAUAACUCAGGAUACAUUUCUUCGUCAACUGUCUUCAUAUUCAGUUUUCAAGAAAUGACGAAUACUACGAAAACCUUGAUGCCUCUGAAUGAUUUGCUACCUCUUUGCUCCAGACACUUUGUUGGAAUUAGUCAGCGAGAAAAGGCUUUUGUCUUUUUACAUAGGGACUCGUGGUUAUGUAGCAUCGACCUCGAAAAUAUUAUGACCAGGCAAUUCUCUCGGCAUUUCUUUGUUCCAAAUGAGUAUACCCCUUCACAUUAUAGAGUAUUUCCAAUUAAAAGUGCUGACGAUAACCUUGUGUUUUGUCUUCACGGAGAACUAGCCAUUAUUAAGAAUGGUCUCAAAUUCCGGGAAAUUCAGGUCAUGGAAUAGAAAAUGUGGAAUAGAACGCAAUAUUCGGGGAAAGGCAAAGAGUAGAAACUACUGGCAUACCCCUCUGCUGCGGUAGCGGUUAUAUCUUUACGACGAUUGGCGUCUCUUCCCACAAUUCAACUCAUGCAGGUACCUAACUAGGUAAUAAGUACUGAUCUAGGUUAACGAGGUCGGCGAUCCUCCGUACUCUGAUAAGACCUUUACACAUCACUUCUUUC